AUGACGCCAGACUCCCCAGAUGAGGCUCUUCACUUUCGCGGCAAGACCCUGACUCCCGAGAGCCCUCGCCCGCUACACGUUCCGGAACCUACCAGUAUCCCUGUGCUGCAGAAUCAAAUGGACCCGGUCUUCAACGACACCUCGACUUACGGCCAAGCCGAGGAUCUUCCUGGAAACAGCUACCGUACACAAUCAAGUGAACAAUAUAUGAGGUCAAGCGAGGCGGGGUGGCAUACAGACUCCGCACGGCGUGGUCAGGAACAUCCGCCGCCGCAGCAGCAAUCGCAUAUACAAGGUAGCCUCCAAUCUGGCCCCCCUUUAAUGAAUGACGGGCUUGCGGAUUCCGAUACCACUUCCCCUUCUACUCUGGCUACAUCUGCCGCUUUACCCACCUCGCCCAACCCAGUUCCUUCCUCAGAGCCCUCGAGUGUUGGGAAAGCUAUGGACUCUUCUCUAACGGCACAUGCUCCAUCAGAUCCUAGUUCCCUUGAAGCCUAUCCUGUUCCCGAUGCCCACCCAUAUCCCUCCCAUGCUGCUCGCAACAAUUCUUUCGCCAACGAGGUAGACCACUCCAUCGGCACCUUGCAAGCCCAGACGGCGUCGCAGGGCCGACUAGACGCGGAGGGAAAGUUGGAGGGUAAUAGUGCUGGGAACGGCGUCGACUUCCAGAACCUCCUUGAUAAUCUCCCAUCAUCCUCGACAUCUGCCCCCGCCCUCACGGUAUCUACAACCGCCAUGGCAGCGGACCAUGCUUCCUCUCAAGCUGCCGCCGAUGAAGCGCAUCAAUCUUCCUUAGGCCUGCCUCCGCGCCCUCCGCCGCAGGAGAAGCCCUCCAUUCACCCCAAUUACAAUCCCACCGUUGAUAUACGUUCCUAUCAUCAGCUCCCUGCCCAUAACGCUUCUACCAGUUCAAACCCUUAUGCCGCCCAGCCGAGUAAUUACCAGUCCAACGUCGGAGUGCCGUCAUUAGCAGCUGGCGCGCCAGGGACUUCGUCCACUGCUGGUACUCUUCCACCUCCUCCCGUUGCUAGCUUCCAACAGCCGUCUACCUCUCCGGCGGAGAACCAAGAACCUCCUGCACCCGCCACGCAAAAAAAUGGCCGAGUCGACAGACAGCCACUCCGCUCAGAUGAUGAUGCGCCGUGGGGUCCAGAGGUCCAGAAGAAGUACGAUGCGUUCCUGCAUGACGAAAGAGUAUACGUGACUGAGGGGCUAUGGGAUCGCUUUCCAUAUGGAUCGCGAUUGUUUGUCGGCAAUCUACCCACUGAGAGAGUGACCAAACGAGACCUUUUCCACAUUUUUCAUAGCUAUGGGAAACUGGCUCAAAUAUCGAUCAAACAAGCCUACGGCUUCAUACAGUUUCUGGAAGCCUCAUCCUGUAAGCGGGCUCUAGAAGGCGAACAGGGAGCCAUUGUGAGAGGACGCAAAGUUCACCUUGAAAUUUCCAAACCGCAGCGGAAUACCAGACCAGCGCCAGCUCCGUCAGAACCUUCACGUGUUACCUCUGCUCGUCGCUCAAGGUCACCCGACUAUGGUCGAGGCGGACCUUCCAGCAAUCGGUCAUCGAGGGUCCCAGGGGACCGCUAUGACCGACCCCACGAACCCGCAAGGUUGCCAUUUAGCGAUUUCCGGGACGAACCCUCUCACCGUAGGCGGGAGGAUUACCGGCCGCCGCGAUCGCCCUCUCCCCGCGGUUACCGGCGAGAGGGUUACCGGUCUCGGGAUAGGACCCCAGAGCGGUUCGAUCGGCGUGAUAGGAGGCGCUCCCGUUCGCCGUAUGGAAGGGAUAGACGGUACCGCAGUCCAAGCCCUCGUGGUCGUGCGACGUAUGAUAGUGAUGUGGACAUACCUGUUCCCAGGCGAGCUCCUAGAGACGUGCCAGACGUGCAGAUACUGGUUCUUGAGGAGUUGGACCGGAACUUCAUCUACCACGUAGAGAGCAGUUUUCGAAACCGAGGGCUCCGGGUCGAUGUUUUAGCGCUAGGAGCACGGAUCCCCCUAGACGCUGCUGUCAAGCGUCAGGCCUCUGAGGGCGUCCUCGCCGUGAUAUUCGACCGAAGUGCCGGUGUUGAUAAUGUCCGGUCCAUCGAAUAUCCGGACCUUGAACCCCAUAUGGCGGCGGAGAUUGUCGUUCAGGCGCAAACCCUACAGCGAACUGCACCAAAUGUACCUCUCCCCUCUCCUGCUUAUGGAGUUCCACAGCUCCCCUCCGCACCGCUACAUCCUGCUGGUCCUGCACUUCCAACUCAGCCAAAUCUUGCAAAUGCCAUUUCACAUCUUGAUGGGGCUGGCUUGCAAUCUCUGUUGGCUGCCCUACAGCAACGACCUGCUGUUCCAGCCACGCAACAACCAAUUCCCCCGGUCCCAAAUCCCGUUCCUACUCCGGACCUGGCGAGUCUUCUUAACGCGGCCACUCGACAGCCUGCUCCGCUCAGUGCUCCGCAACCGUCUGUUCCGCAACAAUCUCUCACACAAACUCUACCCCAACAACCACUAGCCAGUCAGCCAUUCCCGCUGCAUGGCCACGGUGCCUCUCCAAUAUCCGAUCCAAAUCUAUUGUCGCUCUUGGCUAAAGGCCUCGGAGGACAUCACCCACAGGGACAACCUCCCAUGGCUCCUCAUCAGGUCCAGAAUCUUAUGAGCCAGUUGGGCAAGUGGAAACAAUGA